AUGUCGUCAUCCUCAUCCACCGCCAUCGCGAUACCCAAGCGUAAGGGCAAGGGCCCUGCGUCUUCUCACCACCACCACCACCACCACCACUCCUCGUCGUCGUCAUCCUCGUUCGCGGCGUCCACGCCCUCGACGCCGAAUACCUAUACCCACAACUACAACUACAACUUCACGCCGUCUUCGAACCGCUUCUCAUACAGUAGUAGUGGUGCGGGUGGUAGUGGUAGCUAUGGCUCCACACCUUCGUCUUCUUCGUCGUCUGGUAGCCCUCAGAGCGGUGCGAGCAGUAUGCGGCGCCGUGAGAGUCUGAUGAGCGAGACGUUUUCGCGGCAGGAACAUACUGUUAUCAAUGUGGGAGAAGAGGAGGGGGAGGGUGCGCUGAGGCUGAUUACGUGUGUUAAGGCUAGUCAGGGUUUUGAUUGGAAUAUGGAGAUGUUCCUUCCUUCCUACGUCGAUUACCACUUCGAUGAUCUCGAGCGCCGACAGGAUCCUGUGAAGGAUAUUAUUGUUACGGAUGAGGAGGUUAGGAAUAUGUUUCCGGAGUAA